AUGGAGUCUGUUAGCUGUCUGAUCUGCCGCAGGCGUAAGAUCAAAUGUGACCGUACGCCAGGUGCCUGCCAUAAAUGUCGCAAACUAGGCGAGCAAUGCGUGUACUCGGUAAACACAGGAGCGGACUUUCAUGCCGCCCAUGCCUCCACCAGUUCCAAUGACUAUGUCACUCAGGCAGGCCUUAAGAGGCGCCGGAUCCUGCGCUCCUGCGUCGAGUGCAAAAUUGCAAAGGCAAAAUGCUAUGGCAGUCCUGUCUGCGAGCGCUGCGCGAAGAGGAGUCUUGAAUGCUCGUUUUCGGAAGCAGCAGCGUGUUCGCGAGAGGAUGCGCUGCAUCGGGAUUUUAAUACGGCUGCAUCUGCAUCUGACUCCGUAUCUGCCUCUGUGCCGGCGUGGCUGAUGGAUAAACAGCUGCCGCCCAUAGAUAGGUUGCGGGAGCUGGUUGAUUUGUAUUUUGCUCAUAUUCACUCUGUCCGGUGUAUGGGAUUUUUGCACAUUCCUAGUUUUAUGGAACUUCUCAAGGAUUCCGACCAGGUUUAUUCUACGGACUCUGGACUCAUCUAUGCAAUGUGUGCUCUUGCAGCCCCAUUCUACUACGCAAAGGUAAUGGGAGUGAAUGGCGAUGAUCUUAAUCUUACAAUGCGCUUCUUUGAAGCUGGAAAGGGCUGGGCGACUACCGCGAUGAGCCUUGUGUUUUCAAACUUUGGCCGCCCUGGAAUCGAGAGCCUCAUGACGGAUAUCUUGUUGCAUGAAUAUCAUUUGCGUGUUGGGGACUAUGCAAAAGGGUUUCUCAUCAGUGGGCUUAUUUCCAGACACAUGCAGGUGCUGCAACUCAACAUUGAACAUGACUUCGAUAUCCUUUGCCAGAAGAACACAAGCGUGUCCUGGGCUGUGAAGGAAAGCAGGAGAAGGCUGGCUUGGACUUGCUAUCUGUUGGAUGCCUUUAUAGAGUGUGGGAUUGACCAGUUGCGAUUUGUCUCUGUUGAUGAUAUCCAGGUCCAGCUGCCCUGCGUGGAAGACCUGUUUGUGAGAAACAUACCAUGCGUAACAGAAAUGCUGCCUAGGGGGAAGCUGCUGCCCUUUGUCGAUGCGGCGCAGAGCAACGGUGCAGCUGACAACCUCGACCUGCGAGCAUUUUACAUUCGCGCUAUGGAUGUCCGUUCCAAGAUCUUGAAAUACGUCAAGCACCUGGAGGGUGAGGUGCCGUGGGAUACUGGUGGACGCUCACAGUUCAACGCGCUUAAUAGAGAGCUUGUCAACCUCGAGAACUCAAUCCCCAGCAACAUGAAAAUAUCUCCGGAAAAUACCUACCUGUUCAAAUCCUACGGUCGACUUAAUCUGUACUUUGGCCUGCAUAUUCUCAUUUCCCAGACAUUCAACGAUCUGUAUCGCGUCGGCGUGUCGCAGCUGGUCUUCCCCGACACUGCGACGAAAUGGAUCCGUGAGAACGCGCCGGAUACAUUCAUCCGGUUGUGUCACCGUACAUGCGCCAGCAAGGCCGUCUAUAUCGCUUCUCUCCUGAAAGAGCUCUGGAACUGCCACCGACCUAGCAUCGUCGACGUUCCCUACAUUGUGCACACGCAGGUAUGCAGCAGUGUACUCGUCACCAGUCUUCUUUCAUGGCCCCAUUCCGAGCCACCCCUUCCACAAUACUCCCAUCGCAGCUAUCAGGAACUACUCGAGAGCAAUGUCCGGAUUUUACAAUACCUACAACGCUACAUCAAGGCCGAUGUGUAUACCGAGUCGGCCAGCCAGGCCCUCAGGCGGUUCAACAUGGCAUUCUCACCCGAAGGUGCACCCCAGCGCCUCUCACCACUCACAGAGGAGAACGUGAAUGAUACUGGAACAGCUGCUCCUCCUCCUCCUCCUCCUCCUCCUCCUCCUCCUCCUCCUCAGUAUUCUCUGGAGUAUAUCCUCAGCCCACUAGGCACAUAUCCUUUUGCGCGCAAACAGGUGUAUGAUCGGCACAAACCCGAGACGAGCGGGGCGGAGGAUGCUGCGACGCCUGCGGACCAUCAGCUGGGUGUGAACAAUCCUAGCCCAGCUCCAACUCCUAGUGUCAUGCCGGAGAUGGGCAACGGCUUGAUGAGCUCAGGCGACAUCUUCCUCACCCCCAUAUUGGACUGGGAGUCAGAAAUACCGCUCAUGGACGGCAUGGGUUACCCGACGUUUCUGGAGCAGUAUUCGCAGGGGCAAGAGGGGGUCCUUCGGACAUGA